ACAGCCCCAGCAGGUACCCCGAGUGCCCCGGCUGUUGUUUGUAGAAAAAGCCCAGCGAUAGAAUUUGCAAACCGCCUUGAAUCCAGACAAGAGCUCUGACCGGCAGACCAUGAUUCGCAUCGUACCCAGCGAGCAAGGCCAAAAUUGUGUGUGUUUCCCUGCAACACCUUAGCGAAAAGGUUGGCUGUGUGAGUGAGAUAUGAAUGUAUUAAUUUCCUGGACACUCAGUUUACUACAGAAAGAUCAACAGGGCUGUGAUAUGUGACAGUGCUCGGAUUUCUCCCGGUGUGGUACAGAGGAAGGAUUGUUUGCGGGGCCGGCAUGAGGUAGGGACCCGCUCACCGGAGGGAUGCUACAAUAAACACAGCAUCUUGCCCUGUGACUUGCUCGGGGAGUUUCGGGGGAGCAGCUGGGCACACGUGGCCGGGGAGGUGCGUGGCUGGGAGUUGGUCCGACCAGUAAAGGUCUGGACCAAAGGCUGGUCGCUUUCUAAAAUAAACUCACCCUUUGACUUUUGGUCGGGGUUGUGCUGAGCUGGGCCCAGCCUCGCUCAGCGGCGUCUGAGCAGCGCAGGAGACAGCAUUGGGACUUCUCUCCCCGGAACAAUGCCGACAGUGGACGACAUCCUAGAACACAUAGGGGAAUUCAACUUUUUCCAGAAACAAACAUUUCUCCUCCUCGCUCUGCUCUCUGCCGCCUUCACCCCCAUCUACGUGGGCAUCGUCUUCCUGGGCUUCACCCCGGACCACCGCUGCCGGAGCCCCGGGGUGGCCGAGCUGAGCCGGCGAUGCGGCUGGAGCCUGGCCGAGGAGCUCAACUACACGGUGCCGGGCCCGGGGCCCGAGGGCCAGGCCUUCCCCCGCCGGUGCCGCCGCUACGAGGUCGACUGGAACCAGAGCGCCCUCGGCUGCGUGGACCCGCUGGCCGGCCUGGCCGCCAACAGCAGCCUCCUGCCUCUGGGCCCCUGUCGGCACGGCUGGGUGUACGACACGCCCGGCUCCUCCAUCGUGACCGAGUUUAACCUAGUGUGUACCAACUCCUGGAUGCUGGACCUGUUUCAGUCGGCUGUGAAUGUAGGAUUUUUUAUCGGUUCUGUGGGUAUCGGCUACCUAGCAGACAGGUUUGGCCGUAGGCUCUGCCUCUUGAUUACAAUCCUCAUAAAUGCUUCAUCUGGAGUUCUCGUGGCUAUUUCCCCAACCUACACAUGGAUGCUAAUUUUUCGCUUGAUCCAAGGACUGGUCAGCAAGGCAGGCUGGUUAAUAGGCUACAUCCUGAUUACAGAAUUUGUUGGGCUGAGCUAUCGGAGAACAGUGGGGAUUUUUUACCAAGUGGCCUUUACGGUUGGGCUCCUGGUGCUUGCUGGGGUGGCAUAUGCACUUCCGCACUGGAGGUGGCUGCAGUUCACAGUGACUCUGCCCAACUUCUGCUUCUUGCUCUAUUACUGGUGUGUCCCUGAGUCUCCUAGGUGGCUGAUCUCCCAGAACAAAGAUGCUAAAGCCAUGAAAAUCAUUAAGCACAUAGCAAAGAAAAAUGGAAAAUCUCUGCCUGCCUCUCUUCAGAGCCUCGGACCUGAUGAGGAAGUUGGCGAGAAGUUGAAUCCUUCAUUUCUUGACUUGGUCAGAACCCCUCAGAUAAGGAAACACACUUUGAUCUUGAUGUACAACUGGUUCACGAGCUCUGUUCUCUACCAGGGCCUCAUCAUGCACAUGGGCCUCGCCGGGAGCAACAUCUACCUGGACUUCCUCUACUCUGCCCUGGUCGAAUUCCCGGCCGCCUUCAUCAUCCUCGUCACCAUUGACCGCGUGGGUCGCCGUCUUCCAUGGGCUGCAUCAAAUACGGUGGCAGGGGCAGCCUGUUUAGCCUCGGUUUUUAUCCCUGAGGAUCUACACUGGCUAAGAGUUACAGUCGCAUGCUUGGGUAGAAUGGGGAUUACAAUGGCUUACGAAAUUGUCUGCCUGGUCAAUGCGGAACUGUACCCCACAUUCAUCAGGAACCUUGGGGUCCUCGUCUGCUCUUCCAUGUGUGACAUCGGGGGCAUCAUCACGCCGUUCCUGGUCUACCGGCUCACCAACAUCUGGCAUGAACUUCCACUGGUGGUUUUUGCUGUAGUUGGCCUGAUUGCUGGAGGACUGGUGUUAUUGCUCCCAGAGACCAAAGGGAAGACUUUGCCUGAGACCAUUGAAGAAGCUGAAAACAUGCAGAGACCAAGAAAAAACAAAGAGAAGAUGAUUUACCUCCAAGUCAAGAAGCUAGACACUCCACUAAACUAAGAAGAGAGAGCUGCUCUGGUUUGCUUCGAUUAAACAAGGCCAGAAUCAGAGAUUUCCACUCUCAUCACAAAGCCCAUGCAAUUCAACCUUACUUCUCUUUGAACACUGUUAACCUCGAUCAAUAACCAAAUGGAGUUUGUUGUACUACUGUAUAAAAUCUGCCUAUGGGACGAGGUCCCGCAAUCUUCCCUUGCUUGAACACUUUCAAUGACCUCAUCUUACGUAGGUACCCUAAGAGGGAAUGCCAGUACUCCACUGGACCAGAUAUUUCCAAGGUAGAUGCUAGAAUGUCCCAAGGGGAGAAGUAAGAAGUCUGUCUAGGAAAGAGAUAGCUUACACAUGAAAAGAAUGUCAAGAUUUUGUAACUUAUAUCAGCAGAAAUCUGGCUAAGAGUUUAGGAAUGAAUUGUAAUGAUACUAGGCCCAGGAGGAUGAAACAUAAUAAUGGAUCGGGUCAAAUUUAUUGACAUGAGUGCUCUAAACCAAGAUUCUAGAUUUAAUGUGCUGGCCAGAGCAUCUAGCAUUAGCUCCAGCAGUUAGCAGACCAAAAACAUGAGAAAAGAUAUAAGAGAGUAUUUCCAUAAUUUGAAAUAAGUUGGACUUCUUAGGCACGAACAGAAUCCAAGAGCCAUAAAGUGAAUGAUUGAUUGAUCAAUGUGACUACAUAAAACAAGGCUAAAUUCAAUGAGGCUAGCUGUAUAACACACACCCCAAAAAUAAAUUUAAUGGAUGAGUGACA